CCCCCACCUUUCCAACAUGGCGGCGCCCAGUGUCUCCGUCCGGGCGCUUCACCUCCUGCAGGUAACGGGGCUCAGGAAGUGCAGGGAGGGAGAAACGGCGCUCCGGGUCGCGGUCCCUUCUCGGAGGGAGCGAAAGGCGGGGUCCGAGGGGCAGCUGUCGCGUGUCCUGCCCCCAUGGCUGCGUUUUCUGGCACCGGGAGCCGCUGUGGCGAAAGUGCGGUCCAGGUUGGGGGCGGUAUUCUGGAUUCGAAUCCCGCCACGCGGCCGCGGUGCUUGCGUGGCGAAAGUGGGCGAGUCGCCGCCUUAGAGUCAGGGUGGGAUAGUUGUUGUUUAGUCGUGUCCGCCUCUUCGUGACCCCAUGGACCAGAGCAUGCCGGGCACUCCUGUCUUCCACUGCCUCCCGCAGUUUGGUCAAACUCAUGCUGGUAGCUUCGAGAAGACUGUCCAACCAUCUCGUCCCUGUCAUCCCCUUCUCCUUGCGCCCUCCAUCUUUCCCAGCAUCAGGGUCUUUUCCAGGGAGUCUUCUCUUCUCAUGAGGUGGCCAAAGUAUUGGAGCCUCAACUUCAGGAUCUGUACUUCCAGUCAGCACUCAGGGCUGAUUUCCUUCAGAAUGGAGAGGUUUGAUCUUCUUGCAGUCCAUGGGACUCUCAAGAGUCUCCUCCAGCACCAGAAUUCAAAAGCAUCCAUUCUUCAGUGAUCAGCCUUCUUUAUGGUCCAGCUCUCACUUCCAUACAUCACUACUGGGAAAACCAGAGCUUUUACUAUACGGACCUUUGUUGGAAGGUGAUGUCUCUGCUUUUUAAGAUGCUGUCUAGGUUUGCCAUCACCUUUCUCCCAAGGAGCAGGCGUCUUUUAAUUUCGUGACUGCUGUCACCAUUUGCAGUGAUCAUGGAGCCCAAGAAGGUAAAAUCCCUCCAUUUCUUCCCUUUCUAUUUGCCAGGAGGUGAUGGUCCCAGUGGCCAUGAUCUUCAUUUUUUUUGAUGUUGAGCGUCAGACCAUAUUUUGCACUCUCCUCUUUCACCCUCCUUAAAAGGUUCUUUAAUUCUUCCUCACUUUCUGCCAUCAAGGUUGUGUCACGUGGAAAAUGAAAAGGAGUGUGUGUACCUCUAUCUCUGUGUGUAUAACAUUUUUAUACCACAUUUUCCUUCCAGGGAGCUCAAGGUGGCGUACAUGGCUCUCCUAUUCCUUUUAAUACUCACAAAAACCCUGUGAGGUAGGCUAGGUAGCUAAGAGAUGGUGACUGGCCCAAAGUCAUCCAGUGAACUUCAUAGCUGAGUGGGGAUUCAAACCCUGGUCCCCCAGGUUCCAUGCUUGCAAGUCGUAAAGUGGUAUACAUGGUACAGAGAAAAAUAAAAUGUUCUCUCUCUCUCCCCCGCCCCUUAAUCUACUGUGUAGAAUCACAGAAUUGUAGCAUUGGAAUGGAUCCUGAAGGUCAUCUGGUCCCCUGCAAUGCAGGAGGAAUAUUUUAGCCCAAGGUGAGGCUCAAACCCAUGACCCCGACAUUAAGAGCCUCAUGCUCUGCUGACAGGAUUUUAUUAAUAUUUUGUGUGAGGGGCUUCUGGUCUCCUGUUAGGGCCCCCCUUCCUCCCCACCCUCGGCCAUGUGUAGUUGGAGCGGAGUUUCAUAGACAUCUAUGUUAAUAGAAAACUGCUCAAAGGUGGAUAACCUCAUUUUGUAAGCAGGGUCUCAAUAAUAAUAAUAAUAAUAAUAAUUUAUUUAUUUAUUUAUACCCUGCCCAUCUGGCUGGGUUUCCCCAGCCACUCUGGGUGGCUCCCCAGCCACUUUUAUCAUCUGAGCAGCCCAGUACCUCCAUACAACAUUGCCAAGGCUUGUGAUGCUAACACAGGGGUUUGAGUUCAUCCCCAGAGGUGCACUCCAAUGUCUCUUGAAACAGACAGAUGCUAGCAAUUUAUUCCUGACAGUUUUUGGUAGAUUGGCGAUGGUGGUGGUAGUGGGAGUAGGAAGUAAGCAGUAACAACAGUUCCUUCUGACUGUUCAAAGUGUCUCCUGUAUAUAAGGGUGCAGUUGUGCAGGGGUUGUACUUACUAAGCAAAUUACAGGGGUUUGGACUAAAUGACCGCCGUGGUCCUUUCCAGUUCUACAAUUCUAUGAUUCUGUGAAAGAACAUUAAGAGCAUUGCAAGAAAGAGCCCAUCGUAGGGGAUUUGCAAAACUAACUUUGGUGCCUGUAAGUCUAAAUGCCUGAGCAUCCUUUCUCUUCUUCUUGUCCAUUCAACAGCUAGUGGCUGCCUGAGUACAGACUGCUAGCAUUCCCUUUUCCCUCCAAGUCCUCUAUCUCUCAUCGGCUCACAAAACACAGGCUGCAAGGUUGCCACCUGGCUUUUUAAAAACUGCACAAACAACAUCAGCCAAUUUUGUGUUUUUAUCUUGUAUUUUUAUCCUCUGAACUGCCUUGAGACCUUUGAAUAAAAAAUUGGUAUACAAAUUUAAUUAAUUAACAACAACAACAUGGUGCUGUUUUUAAUUAGUCUCAAUGCCAGGGAUGACUGGAGAGUAUUAGGAUGGCUCAUUAGUGCCUCUUUUCUAUCAGAGAAGUGUCUUUGGAGUGGAGAUCAGAAACCCAGCUGCACUCCAGCUACCAAGCUUUACCUAUUGUUUUGUUGCUUGUGGUAGCAGACAGGAAGCUUCAAAAUUGGGCAUUUCAGGGGCAAGGUGUUGGUGGCAUUGGUUCCAAAGCUUUGCAGAUACCCUGAGGGGCCUCUUACACCAUACGGAAACUUAUAUAGAAAAAAAUGACUAUUUUGUCCAAUAUUGGCAAAAACAAGGGGCUUAAUUAUCCCUAACUGCAAUCUUUGGGAUUGCAGGUAUGAGCACCAAACAAGGUUUCUGCUCUACGUUGACUGUGUCCUGAACAGGAACACACCUCUUCGUGGUUAGAAUACGCUGUAAUAUUUUGCUGUGAUUCUUCAUUUGUUCCUUGUGAUACGAAGCAAGUAGUUGGGUGCCUGUCGAUUUGGGAGUGAAGCAUCUUCUAAAAGAUAAGGUAGUGGUUUCAACACAGUCAGGGGACUCCCCAGGUACCCAGAAUUAGUUGGAAAAGAGAAAGAAACCCUAGCAAUGGCCUAACAAGGGCUUAUGAGUUUCCAGGACCUACAGAACAUUGAGGGCAGCUGACCUGUGGCCUGUUGGGUGGGGGAGAGAAAGAAUUAGGAAGAAUAACUUUUGGUAAGUACAGUAGUACCUCGGGUUAAGUAUUUAAUUUGUUCUGGAGGUCCGUACUUAACCUGAAACUGUUCUUAACAUGAAGCGCCACUUUAGCUAAUGAGGCCUCCUGCUGCCGCUGCACCGCCGGAGCACAAUUUCUGUUCUCAUCCUGAAGCAAAGUUCUUAACCUGAAGCACUAUUUCUGGGUUAGCGGACUCUGUAACCUGAAGCGUAUGUAACCCAAGGUACCACUGUAUAGUGAUUCUGAAGUGAGAAUUACAAGUAAAGGGAUCUGUGCACCAAGGCUUUAAAAAACCUCUCCCUGCAUGCUGUUUGUGGUAGUUUUAGCAGUAUGUAUUCAGCAGUAUUCUUAUUUGCCAGAAACACCCGCUACAUGUGCUAUAAAGUACUAAGUUUUACGAAUAUCAGCCAGUCACGAACAUGAGUCAUCUGGUACUUCGUAGCACAUUGGGGGAAGAGUUUGUUUGGUGGGGUGUAGAAAAAUAAAUAGCCGUAUCCUCCCACUCUAAACUCCUGAAACCUCCUACCCCUAUGAGUCUUAAAUUACAAGGUUCCUUUUUUGCAGCGGUCAAUUUCUGAACAAGAGCACUCCUAUUAAGGGGCUUGGAACACAUUGGACACACCUUUAAUUGCAGGACCCCAAUCCACCUGUCUCUUUUAAAUCUGAGCUUCAGUCAUGUUAUGCUUGUCAUUGUGGAAACAAAAUGGGGCCAGCCAAAAAUCAUGUGGUAGUUUCAGAAGACAGCUCACUUAAAGCAAAAGUGGCUUCAAAGAUCCGUGAAAUGUUGAAUGUGUCAAAUAGGGAAGGCAGUUGCUCUGCUUCAGCCCCUGACGGUAUCUUAGCAGUAACUAUUAGGUUGCCAUUAUGUUAAAAAUGUUCCUCGCAGAACUUAUAGGACAAGGUUUCAGCAGUGGAGGAAAGGAGUAGUGUUCAGGUUCGAGAUUGGCAGAUUCAAACAUAAGCCUUUAGUAGUCUUGCAUCCUGUUGUUGUUGUUGUUUAGUCGUGUCCGACUCUUCGUGACCCCCUGGACCAGAGCACGCCAGGCACUCCUGUCUUCCACUGUCUCCCGCAGUUUGGUCAAACUCAUGCAAAGUGCAAGUAGACACUAUCCAGGUAUCUCGCCUCUGUCGUCCGCUGCUCCUUGUGCCUCCAUCGUUCCCAGCAUCAGCGGUCUUUUCAGGAGUCUUCUCGCUGAGGUGGCCACAUGACCUGGAGCCUCAGCUUCACGAUCUGUCCUUCCAGCCAGUGUAGUGUAGUGGUUAGAGCGGUAGUCUCGUAAUCCCAGGAAUCAGGUUCACGAUCUCGGACCUCCACAUGCAGCUACUGGGUGACCUUUGACCAGUUACUAUGUUAUAAAUGUUCCUCAGCCGAACUCAUCUGACAGAGGUUUGCAGCGGAGUGGAGGAAAGGAGAAUGUAGUGCUUCGAGGCUUCUAAAGGAUGUAGGCAGGAUAUCAAAUCAUAACGUCUUCUUCUUCAGUGAGCGUCUUGCAUCCUAAUCCCACAUAAAUGUGCAUAGAAAUGAGUCAUUUAUUUUUAUAGGACUUAAUUCCAUGUAAGUGUGCCUAAUCUUUCGCUCCUAGUCCUAAACACUUAUUGUUAGUUUUCUCAUCUACAAAUAUCAAGGAAACAUCUGGGUUUAUAGUGACGCAGUACCAAAGUGUUUGGUAUUCCCCACUCUAAAUCUCUUUUUCUUAGCAUACCAAGCGGCUUGAAAGUAAAAUGUUUAUCAAUGAAAAUGAAAUUUCUGGUGUUUCUCACACCCAUGUGUAAAGCCAAAAGGGUGUUGAAGUCCUCUGUCUUCCAUUGUGAAGCAGCUGCCAGGAUCUAAAAUAAAAUAUAUAUAAAAUAUUGAUAAAGUUUGGUGUCCCGUUGUUUGCAUAACUUCCUAGAUUUCUCUGGCAAGCAGAUGUUUCUGUGCUUGCAUGCCUGCUGGAAAAUGCUCAAAUUUGGGCUUCGUCAAACAUGUUGUUGGGGAAGGGAGUUUCAAAGUCACUGAAAAUGAAAGCCCUAGCUAAUCAAACCUUGGUGGUACAGAGGCAGUUGGCCUAUUUGCUAUAAUGAUAAGUCCCAAAGUGUUCUAGAAAGUAUAGUUUAAAACAAUCAGAAUUGUUCAUGAAUGGCAGUAGGAACACAGUGUGUCCUGUUCCAGAGAAUCACCCUGUUGAAAAGUGGUUGCUGCAUUCUGCACUACCUUUAAGUCACUGAUUCUCCAGUUUGAAAAUGUUUAACAAUGGGUACAGAAAAAGUGAAUAAAGCUUCUGAGACAUUUCUCAGAAUAACUUGCCAGGGAGUAUAUUUCCUCCUUAAAACUUAGUUGGUUUACACUUCCAAACAGUAUUUCUAGUUUCAGAUAUAGAUGAAGUUUAAUCCAUUGUUAAAGAUGUGCAUGUAGAAGAUUUUGCUGUAAUUUCCAAAUUAUUUUGAGUGGUUUGUAGGCAUGUGUAAGAAACAGAUAGAUGUAAGUACAGCCUUUCUGAAUUUAACCAAAUGUCCAUUUACUGUGUAAUCCUUCGCAUGUUCACUCUGAAGUGCCUUUUAAAAUCAUUUUAUCCACUGCAGGCAGCUGAUGGCUUCUGGAAAUCUUACAUGAAGGGAGUUAAGAAAUUGGAGCACCCUCCACAUGCAGAUACAGGCUUUAUAUAUUUAUACAGGGAUAGGAUUCUCUAGGCUCUAUUAGGAGAUUUAUGUAUUUUUGUGAAUUCCCCUUUAGUGUGUUGGAACCCACAAACUGGGUCACACUUCUUAAGCUGGGUCUUAUCAGUGGUAUCACCACUAUUUUAAUUUGUUUGCUUGUUUAGAAGAGAAGGGCAGAAGAGAAAAGAGGAGGAAAAAAGGAGGAAUGUGCAGAGGAGGGGGAGAAUAUUACCUAAGCAUAUGGUAGAAUUUUGAAAUGGUGCCAGGGAAAUAUUGGAGGUUGCUGAUCUAGUAUCACUUUUCCUUGUUCUUUGCUCUCGGUCUUCACAAUCUGUAUAAAGUGUUUUUUACAUGGGUUUAAACUACUGCACUGUAAUAUGUGAAUUGCCCUGAGCUUCUGUUGAGAUUGUGUAUAAAAUAGGGUUUAAAAUAAGCAAGAAUACAAAUGUUUUAUAAAUAUUACAAAUAUUAUUUCUAUUAUUAUUUCCCUGACUUAAUAGUGCUAAUGGGUAUUUGAUGCAGUUAACUGACAAGUUUAAAUAGAUUUAACAAUGCAGUCCUAAAGAAAUCUACUCAAAAGUAAGUCCCAUUGACUUACCGUGCAAUCCUAACCUUCUAUGUCAGUCCUAUUGAAUUCGAUGGGUAAGUGGAGUUAAGAUUGCAGCCUUAUUCUCAGGUAUAAUAUAUGCUGAGCUUGUGUGCGUGAUUUACUUGAGCUGCAGGCUGCAUCCAAACCUAGUUCUACUCAGAGAAGGCCCAUUGAAAUGCAUGGACACAACUAACUUGCAUUCGUUAAUUUCAGCGGGUCUGCUCUGAGUAGCACUGGCUUACAACCCCUAUGUUUGCUAGCACAGCCAGACUUCACGUUCUUCAGUUCAAGGUAAGAGUUUGCACACAGGUUUCUCUCUCCCCCCCCCCCCCAACACGCUCUUUCCUUCGGUCUCCCGGCAGUUUCUCUUUGUCUGACUGAUUUGGAAAUUCAUAACUAGCAAACCAACUAAAAACAUGUGGAACUCUGUGGCUCAAAUUAUAGCUAAGUAACAAUAAGGGGGGAGUCUAAGCAUGAUCCUUCUCCAUUUCCUGAGUUGCUGCCGCCUCAUUAAUCAGGGCUCAAGUGGUAUAAGCGGAGCAGCUUGCUUUGUCGCUGGCGCAGCGGCUUCUUCGUCCCCUUCCCCACCCCCUGUGUGCCUUCACAGUGGGGAAAACUAGAGAGGGAAACCAUCAAUCUUUCUUGUCGCACAUGUCAGCAGCGAUCCGCUCCUCUCUUCCUGCGUUCUUUCUCUCUCUCUCUCCUGGUCGCUUGCAUACAUAUGAGCGUGCACACACAAACACACCUGUAUUUAAAAUUAGCUUUGCGGCCUUACCGUUUCCUUACCUGCUCUCUUUAAACAGAUGGGUAGAUCUGCAAACUGGAAUCUUCUACUCCAAAGUGCAAACAAAUCCAAAGAAAAGGCUUCAGAGCCAGCUAACACUGACUUAAGGUAAAGGUAAAGGUACCCCUGCCCGUACGGGCCAGUCGUGACCGACUCUAGGGUUGCGCGCUCAUCUCGCUUAAGAGGCCGUGAGCCAGCGCUGUCCGAAGACACUUCUGGGUCACGUGGCCAGCGUGACAAAGCGGCAUCUGGCGAGCCAGCACCAGCGCCGCACACGGAAACGCCGUUUACCUUUCCGCUAUAAAGCGGUCCCUAUUUAUCUACUUGCACCUGGAGGUGCUUUCGAACUGCUAGGUUGACAGGAGCUGGGACCGAACGACGGGAGCUCACCCCGCCGCGGGGAUUCGAACCGCCGACCAUACGAUCAGCAAGUCCUAGGCACUGAGGUUUUACCCACAGCGCCACCCGCGUCCCUAACACUGACUUAACUUGACACUUAACAGCAAGUGUGCCAUAACUGUAUUUCAUAACAUGAUUUCAAAAAGAAAAGGAGGGAAAAGAUUGGAACAAUUUGUUUAAUCUGCACGUUAAUGGCCAUAUUGCUAUGGCUGCCUGGUAAUACUAAGGUUCUCAAAAUCUGUAUGUUAGAUCUUUUGAUUAUUCCCAACUAAAUUCCACACCAUUUUUUAAUAUUGCUUAUAAAGAUGAAUAAUCAAGAAAUGUGCAGAGGCAAUAGUGUAGUAGUUGACACCUGUUCCACCCUCCUGUUUCUGUGCUUGUAUCUACUGUGAUUCAAAAAUGUAAGCAGGCAAAGCUUUCUUCGUGUGGAAAAAAUAGAGGGGAAACUUCAGGUGCCAAAUUUCUGUGUUAGAUUGUUAAUAGCUCAGAAGCUGAGCCAGUUAAAAAAGCAGAGUUGGAAGCCCAGUACAAGGACUGGGAAACCAUCCAGUAAAAACAACUGACGCACCACACCUGAGGACUGUCGUACAAUGGAAGUGAGGCUUACUGGUGUCUUCUAGAAACACUUUUCCUCACUCUACAGAAUUAUGUUGUGGAGCUCAUAACAUAUACAAGUGGAAGCUGCAACAAAAUACAGUGGUACCUCUGGUUAAGAACUUAAUUCGUUCUGGAGGUCCGUUCUUAACCUGAAACUGUUCUUAACGUGAAGUACCGCUUUAGCUAAUGGGGCCUCCCGCUGCUGCGGUGCCACUGUGGCACAAUUUCUGUUCUCAUCCUGAAGCAAAGUUCUUGACCCGAGAUACUCUUUCUGGGUUAGCGGAGUCUGUAACCUGAAGCGCCUGUAACCUGAGGUACCACUGUGUUGUUGUGCAGAGUGGUCAGGGUUCCAGCCAGCCAGCCAGACCACCGUUAAUGAUACUCCAUUACAUUUCUCUUCCAUUCGUUUUCCAUUUUCCUUUCCACAUCCUCCAGUCAGCCUUCCAUUCCUACCAGGUAUUCUCAACCCUCCACAGUAGGCUGUUUUGCAUCUCUCCCCUCUCUUUUAGGGUUCUUUUAUUCUGCAUAUAUGUACUUCUGCAAAGCUUUGAGGUUUUCCCAAGCCUGUUGAUCUUGUGGGUGGCUGGUGCCGUUUUGCCUAUAUCACGAUCUGCACUCAGAUAAUGUAUUUGUUGCUCUUAUAUAGGAUCUUAUGCCCUUGUUUCCAGCAAAGGUUGAGGUCUUUUAAGACUGGUCACAAAACCGUACUAUGCAGAAUUCUGUGGUGCUAAGGGAUUUUUUCUCUGGACAGAAAUGGUAAUUCCUGAGUGGCUGUAGUCUGAGUUGGCAUCUCCUAUGGCUUAUAUUUCUGCCCAUUGGGAACUCUUGAGAAACAUACUCUUUCUCUCUCUUUUUAAUCCUUUACCAACUCCAGAUCUUUUGAGCAUGUGGCUCUGAUGUCCUGACCUCAACAUUUCAGUCAAGCACAUUCCAGCCCUAUGAUUUCAUGACACCAGACUGAACUCCCUGCUAUGUUGCCUUCUGACUCUUGCAGGGUGAAUAAACAGUGAGCGAAGCCUGUAGCAGGGCAGUGUGGCUUUUAGCACCAUGAUUUCAGAAUUCUUAUUUUUAAUGAAUAUUAUUUUAAGUUGAAAUGAAACGCUUUGUGCAACUCGUAUUUUAUUAUUAAUGAGGUAUCAAAUCCAGAAAAAUAUUGUGCAAUAAUAACUGAAGCGUUAUAAGCAUUUUAAAAACCAUCAGCACAAGGAAAAACUUCAUUAUUGCAUCGUUUUGCCAAAACUAUCAAUAAUCUACCACUUAUAUUCCCCUCAUUACACAAUUGUAAUGGGGCGAUUUGUUAAUCUGUUUAUAUUUCUUUCCUGCAUGAUUCAUUUUAUCUCCCCCGUGCUAUAGCAUGUGUCAAACACUUUAAUAUUUAAAAUGUGCCACCCGUAUUUGUAAUUUAAAGUUAAGUUUUGAAUCCAGUUCCAUCAAUUUUGUCACUAGCUACUCUGACCAUUGGGAGUUAAUGUGGUAUUGCUCUUUUUGAAAUACACAACCUGUUUAUUGAAUUCCACUACUUGAACCUCUGAGGCUGGAGUUUAUGCCCACUCACCUGAAAGUACGCAGAGAAAUCUGAGUAGACACGUGUAGGAUUGCACUGUUAAUCAGACAGUAUGUCAUUCAAGCUCUUGGCUCCCGUUUGAUGAAUGGUUACUCUAUAAAAAAAACCCCACUGCUUUAUCACUGCCAUUUAUUUUUCUAAGAGGCUUUCAUUAUCUACUGACAUAAUAUUUUGUUAACAUUUUGUGGAUAUAACAAAGUUAUUUCUUAGCUUAUGCUUUCUUUUAUCCUUAUAAAGUUUUAUCUACAGUCAGAUAACAGUACAGUUGUACUGUGUUGGAGCAUAUGUAAUUUCCUUCAUCCGUAUCCAAUUUGAGCUCAGUAUUUUUAUAAAGGAUAUAGCGGGUUUGUGGGAAGAUGAGGCACCUUGGAUACAGAUGUAUUGUAAAUAUCAUGCGUGUUCCCACUUGGGCUUAUGAGCUUUCUCUGCUACAGCUCUUAAUGACUGAAUGAGUGAAUUGUUUCUCCGAUGCAGAGAGUCGGGGCCGAGAUAGCGAUGGUUAUCUGGAGGACAUUAUAGUGAAAAUAAAAUUCUCAGUUAGAAUCCCUAAUAGUAACUUCACCUCUUCCCAGCUGUAAACAUCAGCACAUGGAAAAUAUUUUAAAUAAAAAUUAUUUCCAGUUGAUUACAGGGUAUUGUUGUUGGAGUGUUUGAAGUGGAAUAGACCAGACUCUGGCAAGCUUAGGAUGGAAGAAAGCAAAUGUUCUAAUUUAGCUAAACUGUGCAUAUGUAAUUCUUUUAAUCUCUCUUCCCCCUCAACAACAACAACAAAAUUAGUUGUUUCCAGGCAUUUAAUCAUUUCAGUUGUUUCUCUAUGAACUCACUCUAAGCGAUAUAUUUUUGUUAUUGCUGAAGUAUCCCUAAUGGGUCACGGUAUUCGAGGUGUAGUGUUUGAUUGUGCACUUAAUGUGAUCACUCCUUUUCCGCUUCACAUCAUACUCCACCUUUAAUUAGCAAAUUGCAAGUGUUCUGCAUGUUAAGGAAACCUUGCUGUUUUCUUCAAGAUAGCAGGUUUCCCUUUAAAAAACAAAGCAAAAAACCACCCAGCAUUUUUCUGGUGGGAAAGAGGGCAUGUGUCUACCACACAAAGCUGCCUUUUACUGAGUCAGGCUAUUGAUUCAUCAAGUUCAGCGAUGUCUCUUCUGACCGUUACUGACUAUCCAGGGUCUCUGUCAGAGGGUCUCUCCCUGCCUCUUCUCUCUUUGAUUCUGUGACCCUUUUAACUGGAGAUAUCUGGGACUGAACCAGCAUCUUCUGAAUGCAAAGUGUGUGUGCUUUGCUGCUGAACCACAGCCGCUCCAGCAACUGCCCACUACUCCGCAUGGCAGAUUACUUCUGAAACUGGGAGGGUUUCAAAAGCUGCUGGUGGCAUGGCAUAAGAACUUGCAUUUACAAAGUAAAUAUGAAUUUGAUGGUGUGUCCUGAGGCACCUCUUAAGGGUAGGAUUAUGAGCAGAAUCAAGGGUACCCUCUUUUCGUAGCAUCAAGUAAAAUAACGUCUUUUUCCAUGUAUAAGACUAGGUUUCCCCCCCAAAAAAUAAUGUCCAAAAUUAGGAGGCGUCUUAUACAUAGAUAGUGCCAAGGGUGGAUUUUCUUAAAUCUGAGUCUCUCAAAAUUUUUUCGUCUUAUAGACGAAAAAAUACGGUAUGCCCUCUGUCCUGAUAUAAUUUGUGCUUUUUUCCACUCCUAUUCCACAACAUUGGCUGCCACAUAUGGGGAAUGCAACACAGCAGGGUGAUGAUGUUAGACAAAUGUGGGGAAUUUUUUUUUACUAUCCAUUACGGAGGAGGUGAAUAUGACACUGGGGUGCAGUUUUGUGUAUCAGCCCUUUUGUUUUUGGAGAAACGGUCUUGGAAGAAGAAGUCUUGCAUUUGAACAUGAGCUUUGGUUAACAAUUGAAAGCGGAAAGUAAAGUUAAAUGGGCCACCCAGAAAGUUGCUUUCCUUUUUAGAGAUCAAUCUGUCAGAGCUCACUUAUGAUUGAUGAUUUAAGCGGAUUCUUAAAAAAGACGAAUACCAAGUUAUAUCUCGGGGUUUGGUUUUGCUUUUUAUAUAUAUAAAUAAAAAACCCACCUUACUGAAUAAUGUAACUGUCUGGACAGCUAUACUUUAGAGUUUCCUUCUUGAGUUAACAAGAAUAUUUGUCUCCCGUGGGAAUAAGGGAGAUGGUGAAUAUCCGAAAAACAUUCUGGCAUACAGAGAAAGGGAGGACUAGCAAAAAGAAAUUGAAUAACCAGAGCUGGAAAUAACGAUACUGCCAUUACAGUUUUUUGAGGACAUGACAACAUUCUUUCUUGAGCGUCAACUAUUUUCUAUGAAGGUUUUAGCCGAACAAUCUCUUCAGCUGUUUUUGAAGUGUAUAACCUGAUACGGUGAAUUCUUACUCAGAAGAAAUUUCCACUGUGUUCAGCAAGGAUUACACACAAGUAACCAGGCUUAGAUUUGCAGUCUUUGAAUAGCAGUACAUAACUGGUAUUGUAGCAAACUUCCAGUCUUCCACUGAGAAACAGCAGUGGUUUAUAUUCUUUAUAGUUAAGCCUUGCAAUUUUGUUUCUGUUCCCACCAGUCCAGCAGUUGGUUUAACAAAAACACAAAUCUUCACCACGUAAAGCUGACUGGGAGGUUGUUGUUUUUUUAAAAAAAUGUUUUUUAAAAAAACCAUAAUGUGCAAGUUGUUACAGUGCUGUCAUGAUGUUUUACAAUAUAAUAAAAGUUAAAAAAAAUAAAUUAGGAUGCUGAUCAAGGAACUUACAGUCUAAAUUUAGAGGGAGGGGUUACGCAGGUAAACAAGAUACAGAAAUAAGCAAGUACAGAUGCACUUAAUAAGGCUUUGUUUCAGUUGGUGAUGAGGGUUGUGGGUUCCAGUAAAAGACUAUUUGGGGGAAGAAGUGUGCAGGAUUAAGAGGUGGCCCAUCCACACUAUAAAUCUGUAUCACUUGUAAAUCACUUAUUUUUAUUUUGUGCUUGCACAAACCAUUGACAUUUUUAUUAACCACUUGCACAUCACUAAAAGGUAGAUUGCCAAAAUCCCCAGCAAUUUUCAACUGUUUGUCUAUUAUUAUUAUUAUUAUUAUUAUUAUUAUUAGGGAUGUGGGUGGUGCUGUGGGUUAAACCACAGAGCCUAGGACUUGCCAAUCAGAAGGUUGGCAGUUCAAAUCCCCAUGGCGGGGUGAGCUCCCGUUGCUCAGUCCCUGCUCCUGCCAACCUAGCAGUUCGAAAGCACAUCAAAGUGCAAGUAGAUAAAUAGGUACCACUCCGGUGGGAAGGUAAACGGCGUUUCCGCGUGCUUCUCUGGUUGGCCACAUGACCCGGAAGCUGUACGCCGGCUCCCUUGGCCAAUAAAGCGAGAUGAACGCCGCAACCCCAGAGUCAGUCACGACCCCUUUACCUUUACCUAUUAUUAUUAUUAUUAAUUAAAAAUGACUGCAUUAGAAUAAUAUAUCACAACUCUGUCAAAUUGUGGAAGACUGAGCUGCUAGGGCACAAUCCAAUUUAAAAGCCGCGUGGUCAGAGUCCUUUUGAAAUGGACAGAAGCUCAUGAGCCCCCAAAGUGCUGUGACUGAGAGUAAUUGUAGAGUUUACCGUAUGCUCAAAUAUCCAUAUUGCCUGUAUUUGUCCUAUGUGUUUGCACAGAAAGUUGCAGUUAUGUACCUGGGAACUUUCAUAUUGUUUGGUUCCCUGUGAUUGUUUGCUACGCUAAUGAUUAAUUCCAUUAUGGCUUGGCUCCAGAAUAAAGGUCUCAAAAGGAUUUUCUCUGGGAUUCAACCAACCGGGAUCCCUCAUCUGGGAAACUACCUUGGCGCUAUCACAAGCUGGGUGAAGCUACAGGAAGAAUGCAGUUCCGUAUUAUACAGCAUUGUGGACCUCCACUCCCUCACCAUACCAAGGGAACCAACAGUUUUACGCACGAGCAUCUUAGACGUCACUGCUGUUCUCCUUGCCUGUGGCAUCAGUCCGCAGAAGUGUUUCAUUUUCCAGCAAUCCCAGGUCAGUAUCUCCCUCUGGUAUGUGCUUUAGAAGUCAAAGCCAGGUUUGGAUAAUUUUUGAGGAUAGCUACUGCGGUCAAUAGAUAAAUGAGAUGUGAGGUUAAAUCACAGAACUUAAUAGUUUUGCAGAAUUUCCUCCACCACCACCCACCCAUCUUGUGCCCAACAGAUUGUACAAAACCUGGGGUAUAUUAUUUGAUUAUUGAUGUAAACCUCCAAAAUGUAUUUUGUUUAGUUAACCUUUUACCUCUGUCCUCAGUAUAUUAUAUUUUAUUUUAUUUUAUUUUAUUUUAUUUUAUUUUAUUUUAUUUUAUUUUAUUUUAUUUUAUUUUAUUUUAUUUUAUUGCUAUGGCUAGUGGCUGAUGCAAAUAAAGAUUCUUCUGAUCUGAUCUGAUCUGGGGUAUAUGCAGGUUAGAAUUUUGAAAACCGCACUGCCUUAACUGGCGAGAGGAGCCUGCCAGCUCUAUUUUGAAAUGAGACCUUCUGUGAGAUAACUCCAUUGGCUCAGUUGCUGAUGAAUUAACAGGAUGUGUAAGGGCGUUCUGACUGCUCAGAAUGUUUUGUUUCGUUUCGUUGAAAAGUCGGCAUCCAGAGCUUAGGGACAGAUGUUAAUGGAAAGAGUGGAACAAAGUCAGCAGUACCACUGAGUGUUGAUCAAAUGUCUGAACAGUAUGUGAGUUUGUCUGCAUGAGUAGUAUGUGAAUGAAAAACUGAGAGAGCGAGGGAAGAGGGUAUGAAUGAAGAGAGGUUAUUAAACACAAGAAAGCACAUUGGCAAAUGUGCAUAACUCUCCAUUUGCUAGUUUUUAUUUAUUUAAGUCCUUGAACACUCUUAGUUCUUAGUGUGGAUUUACAGCAACCAUAACAAUUUCUAAGAGCUGCAAAAUUAAUAACUGAAUGGUAUGUGAUUGCUUUUAAAGGGUUUUAGGUGUUCUAAAUGUUGGUUUUAGGUUUUAGGUGUUCUAAAUGUUAGGUGUUUUUAAAUGUUUUAAAUAUGCGUUUUUAAAACUUUAACUCUUUUAACCUUUUAAUGUUUACUGCUCUGGACUCCUUUGGGAGGAAGAAUAGGGUACAAAUGUAAUAAAUGCAAUAAAUAAUAAUCAUGGUUUAAAGAACUGACCCAACACCCCUGAAUAAAACCAAUAAAGGAUACAACUAAAAUACAUCAGAACAAAAACCCUGCAACAUUUGAUUUCAUAUUAAAUGUAUUGCGUUAUAAGAGAGGGAAGGAAAGUUAACUUAUAUGGGACACAAAGGACUCUACUAAAUGGAGAACAUCUAGCCUAAUUCAGCCAAAAGAUGUUAUACACUAGAGAAUAAACAGAUCAGCCAAACUGUACUGUAUUGCCAUAAUGUUUCAAAACUUUUAUUUUAUUUUAGAACUUAACAAUGUAUUCAUAAUAUUUACCUGUUUACAAAUGUAUAAGGAGAGUCCUUUGGGAGCCACUGCAUUGGCACUCAGCAGCAAAAAUUUUCCUCUUUCUGAGUCCAAAUUAAAAUUGCAAAAUUGGCACACUUUCUAGGUAAAGGGUGUCACCUUCCAAAAUCUAGAGAGAGAUUCCAGGCAUCAGGAAAAUGUUAGUCGUCUUGUUUGCUCCUGUUGGCGAACAUCAACCAUCAGUCAAUUGGCUUGAUAAAUGACAUCACUCAGCAGCUGCAAUAAGACCUUCUAUUUAACUAUUACUGUCAUCUCCCAUCUACAUUGUUUUUCAGAGGCAGGCCCUGGGGGCCUCCCGAUCGGGACUGCAGCUCUCCCCCCCCCCCAAUAGCAAUUAGUUCUAAUAGAAGGCUGUUUUCAAAUGUAAUUGCUGCAUGGGGCAAGGACGAUCUUUGUGGAGAUUAUCUGGGGAGGGAGGACUAUAGCAGAUAAACAGUGUGGUGGCCUUCCAGCAGCUGAGUCACUGCUGCUUACCAGUAAGGAAAGGGGCAAGGCAGCGGGGAGCUGGGAGUGGUGCAACAGCUGCAGCCGAAACAACCUGCUGCUACUGCUGGUGCGUUUGCACCAUGCUGACCUCCCUGCCAAAUUGCCCCUCCCACACUCCUUCCCAAUAAGCAGCAGCGACUCAGCUGUUGGGAGGUCAGGUGAGCAUCACUGUGCUUUCCACUACUGUGGUAGCGUUAACCCUCGCAAGCUGCAUUCUCCACAGAAAUCUCCCUCACACAGCAAUUGUUCUUGCAGGCGUGGGGAGUGAGAAUCUGCAUGUAUGUGUGUUGUGUGGAAAUGUAAGGAUGUUUGUGAGUAAGGGAAUGAACGGUCUCCGUUGUGUGUGUUAGGUGGGAGAAUGCAUGUGAGAAUGUGUGAGAUAACUGUUAGGAUAUUUCCGUUCCACCUUAAAAGGGAGCAGGCUUUGUGAGUCACAGAGUCUGCGUGUUUCCUGUUCACAGGAAGUUUAUGUUUUGUACAUUGUUUCAUUUUCCUCUCUGUGCCUGAGACAUCGAAGCAGGCAGUCAUGUUUUCUCUUUGUUCUGACCAACGCUGAAUAAAUUUGUAAAUAUGCUCUCCUGCGUGCAUCUUUCGCUGUACGAACUCUGCUGAUAGAGCGUGCACAAGCCCUGGAAUGUGGCAAGCUAUUUCUGAAGCUCGUGUCACUAAUUGACUGAUACUGUAUCUACGGGAGAUCGAUGGAUCGUCCGGAAUCGACGUGGGGUCAUGAUGGCCUUUGUCUCCCUGGCAGUAUCCCAACAAUAACAUGGUGGGAGUGGCCCUGCCCACUUUUGCAUUUGUCCCGCCCAUCACUAGCACAGACCACCCCACCCCCCGAGAAGUAGGCACAAGGGAAUGUGUCUCUCAGGCUGGAUAAGUCUUGCCCAUCCCUGACGCACAGAGCUGUGGGCCGAAUGUUGAGCCUCAGUCUAGAUUGAGAACUCACAUGAAGCUUGAUGACUGACCUCAGGCCAGAGUUGUUGGGAGGUAAAAUGUAUACUGCCCUGAGCAUCUUGGAGGAAGGGUGAGACACACAUGUUAAAAUCAUUCAAGGCACAGUGCAUUGAUUUGCUUAUUUAGAAAUGAGGCCAGGAAAAAAGCCACAAGGGUGGAUUACAAUAAACAACAAAAUACAGCACCCGAACAGAAAGAAGCAGCAGAGGACAGGAAGCACUGCUCUCAAACCUCUGAAUCUAAGACUGACAUGAAGAUAUUGAUUAAAAUACGAGACACCCUGUCAGGGGAGAAGUUUAGGUUAUACAGUCGUACCUUGAAAGUCAAACGGGAGCCAAAAGGUUUGAGAACUAAGCUGUUCGAAAACCAAGGUACGACUGUAUAUGCCUUUGGUUAUAUGCCAUGGCAAAUCACCAUCACCUUUUCUCUUCUGUCAGGCUUUUGCAGGCAAUUCUCUUUCCACAAUAGUUAGCUGAUUUCUGAUUUUAACUUCUUAAUAUGGUUUUUAGUGUAUGGUGCUAUGUGUAAUUGUUAUGAACUGCUCUGAUAUUUUUUUAAUGAAUAGCAGUGUACUGUAUAAAUAUUUUUUCACAAAUGAGUAAACUUUUGUUUCAUCGAGAAAUAAAACAAUGGCAGUUUCAUGUAAUAGUGUUGGAUGUAAAUGGAAAGGGAGACAGAGAGUUCUUUCAAGAGACUCCUCCCCAAUAUGUUGACAGAUUAAAAUUGAGGACUUCUGGAAUAGCUGGAUGGAGGGCUGCAGAGGAGGAGAGCAACUGCGACUGCCUUGAGUAGAAGGGAACACCUGAAUCCCAGCAAAAAAUAUUGAAACUUUGCCCAGUAAGGGCUCUAGGGAUGCAACAUAUUGGAUGAUCACAUCUUUGGGGAAAUCAGCUAAUGGACAUAGCUUGCUUCCUAUGGGAAACAAUAAAUAGAGGGAUUUGUAAUGCUGAUGUUCUUCCAAGUAUUUUUAGCUAUGCUGCAGGAAACAUUUUCUGAGAAAGAUAAUAUCUAUACGGAAAACAGGCUUUUCCAUCAGGAGACACGAAAGGUUCUGAGCUGCUGCAUAUUACGUCACUGCCACUGCCUUUUCCUAAGUUUCUAGCAAAGGUUUCAUUUAGUUGGUAUUCCACUAGCAGCACCUUUUGCAGUGUAGUCCCGGGCAAGUCUACUCAGAAGUAAGUCCUGCUGAGUAUAAUGGGAUUUAGUCUCUGUGCAUAGAAUUGCAGUCAUUGUCUAGGAUUUGUCGUUGUGGAAACUGGCAAAGUGUGUGAUUCGGACAAAAGAAAAUCAACCACUUUUCAUUCCAUAUGCAACCUGGACAAUACUUUAGCAUUUAAUUCUUAGGGGCGUUGGUUUUGCCAUGCUUCUGACCACUAUGAAAACAUCUGGCUGUUGCUGGUUGAGGAUUAGCGAAUUCUUGGCUGUAGAUAUCUUCUACGGUAUGGUAAAGGAUGGGCUAAAGAGAGGAAGAUCCUCUAGGCAGAGGAAAGUGGAAAUCAUUAGUGCUGAUUGCAACGUGCAGUGAACAGUUGCCAAGUUGGAAAUAGAGUCCUAGUUUCAGGAAAGCCCAUUAGACCACUAAUCUACAAGAGUCAUGGGUUAAUGUGCAUUAAGUACUUGUCCUGUCAUGUAGAAGUAAAAAGGUUUCCCCUGAAAGAUAUGCCUUUGCUGCUUCCAUCACCAUCACAUGCCAAUAGCACAAUGCAAACGACCCCCCUCUUCUCUCUUUUAUAACCAGCCCCUCUGUUUCUGGGCCUUAUACUAGCUGCAUUUUGUUCUGGUGUUCAAAUCUGCAAAUGACAUGAUUAAUUCUUGCCCUCCAAACCAGAAUCGGAAACCAUGCUUUCAAACGGGUUUCUGAUUCUGGUUUGGGGGGCAUAUAAUUCACGAUGUCAUGAUUAACUGCAAACUCUGGCUAUGCUAGCAAGGGAAAAGGGAGGUGGGAAGGAACGUCUGGUUUGUAGGGUUCCCUAAAAGUAAGUCUUUGUCAACCAUGUUGAUUUCUGGUCCCAUUAAAAAUAACUCAGCAAUACUUUAUCUUUCAGUGAACAAUUUCAAUUUUAAAAAACUUUUUCUUCUGGAGCGAAGAAAAACAUAGAACAUUUUGAGAUUGUAUACAGAAAAUUGUUCUUGACAGAGGUAGAGAUUUUCUCUCGUUCACUUAGUUUUCUUUGGUGGUGAUAGCAUGCGUGUUGUGUUUGUAUUAUAAACUUGCACAGUAUUUGCCUUCUCUAAGAUGGUCAUUUUCAGAAGGUGCUAUCAGUCAGUUCUGGACAUUUUGAGUGUUAAUUUUAGAGAGCCAGUGUGGUGUAGUGGUUAAGAGCGGUGGACUCGUAAUCUGGGGAACCGGGUUCGCUUCCCCGCUCCUCCACAUGCAGCUGCUGGGUGACCUUGGGCUAGUCACACUUCUCUGAAGUCUCUCAGCCCCACUCACCUCACAGAGUGUUUGUUGUGGGGGAGGAAGGGGGAGGAGAUUGUUAGCCACUUUGAGACUCCUCAGGGUAGUAAUAAAGCGGGAUAUCAAAUCCAAACUACUCCUCCUCCUCUUCUUCUUCUUCUUCUUCUUCUUCUUCUUCUUCUUCUUCUUCUUCUGGCGUUUGAACAGCCAUAGCUUUAUGCCUCAACUUCCAGCUCAGCAGCUCUUCCUCACUCUUUUAACUUGUGAAAUCCUGUGCAACCUUUGGUGCAAAGGCAGAGAGUGUGGCGCCCUCUAAACAUUGUGUACUACAGCUCCCACCAGCGCCAGCAUGCAGGGCUAAUGGCCAGAGAUGGUGUGAGUUACAGUCCACCACAUUUCAAGGGAACCAUUUGCAUUCACAGAUGAAGCUAAGCAGGUGUGGGUCUGGUCAGUAUCUGGAUGAGGGACCACCUUGGAGCUCCAUGUAUGUUGCCUUAAAUUCUGCGAUAGAAGAAAGCCUGGAUAGGAAUGCCCUAAAUAAAUAAAUUGCUUGGGGUGGGGUGUAAUCAGUAGGUCUGAUUAGGAAUUGUUAUGUCUUCUGCCUGGAGAGUUCUCAUUUAAUAUAAGAAACCACCAAGAAUGGAAGUCAUUAAAAUCCUUAUUAAAUCAAGUGUCUUAUCAGUGGGGAAAGUAGGUCUAUUAUUAUCCCUUAACACGGCUGUGUUUAUUUGGCUGAUGGAUUAAAAUUAGAGGGGCUUUAAUGUAAACCUAUGCUGUCAUGCCAGAGUGGUGAUUGUUGCAUGACCCUAUAAAUUGUGUCUUUUGUUGCUCUUCCUUUGAUGGUCUGUGCCAGGGACUGCAACCUGCCAGCCACUGUGGGCAUAAUCUGGCUCGCCAAGCCUUUUUGAAAGGUCUGCCAACCCCCAACAGCUUGCUAAAGGGGCAUUGGUGGUUUUGCUUCCUGAAAAAGCAGUUAGAAGGACUCAGAAAAACAGUAAGGAGCUCUCAGUUCUUCUCUGGCGUUCCCCGAGUGCUCGGCCAUCUCCAAUCCUUGGGAAACAAUUCAGAUGAUUAUAGUACUCCUUCCUGCUUCCUGAGCACUUUUAGUUGGACCUCAAUGGUUCUCAGUGAUGGUGAUAGGCAGUAUGGGAUGGGUGGCCACACCCACUCUUUCAACAGAAACCAGUGGCAUGUAGUCCCAGAGGGCAAUAUAAUCCUUGGCCCAAAAAAGGUUAGCCACUCAUUAUAUAUACAGAGAGAGAGAGUGUUGUGUUUUUUGCAGAUCAGUUUCAUUUGUUGUGAGACAUUAGUGUAAAAGAAAAGAACUCACUCUGAAAAGAACCUCACAAUAAUUUCAUAAUUAUCUGUCUAUGUAUUUCUAAUAGUAUAACCAAAUCAGUAAUUUUUGAUAUAACUGUAAAAACUACUCUGAAAAUUUAUUAUUCCAAAAACAAAACCUUCAUCUGAUUGUAUAUAUUAAGAUUAUACCAGCAAGAAUGAGUCUUUCUGUAAAAAAAAAAAAUUAAUCAAGUCUUACUGACUAGUGAUUUAAAUCAAUUUGAUUUAAAUCAAAUCUACCCUGGAGAAAAGUGUAAAGGUACUUUUGCUAUAAUAGAAUCAUUUGAAGUUCGCUUCCUCCUCCCCCAAGUCAAGCACAGAAUCUCUUAGCUUUUCUUUCCUUCUUUAGCAUCACAUGCUGGAAACCAACAGUUCUUUUAGAGAGAAUUGAAGGUGGUCAAGAAAAGCCCCACUGCGCCACUGUUGUUCUGGCUUUGCCAAUAUUUGAAGCGCUAACAAAAACCUGCAGAAUCUAUGGACAAAUAGGGCAUUGAAUGGGUGUGUGCACACCAGAGGCACAGUCUUCAGCUGUUUUUUAAGUAUAGUCGGUCUCCAGUACUACUGUCUGUUCCUUAAUAAGUGUGAAACAUCCAUUCACUUGGCCUCUGCCAACCCCUUCACGUUUUCUAGGAUGAAGUGAUAAACUGCUCCAGUUUGAGUUCUAUAUUUCGCGUGGACCAGCCAUCCACAAGUGAUGCGCUGUCCUUCUACAAUGUGUUAAUGUUAGCAUUACCUAAUGCAUUGUGUGUGUUCAGAGAGAGAGAGAGAGAGAGAGAGAGAGAGAGAGAGAGAGAAUGAUGCAGUUGUUCCAACCAUAUUUGGACCUGUUGCAUUUGAGAGCAGCAUUCUGGUUAACUCUGGUGGGCUAAAAUGCAAUUUCACAGUUCCUCUUCAAGCUGAGAAAAUAUGCUUUGCCUGUUCCUUAGGGUAAAGAGAUGGAGGCCUUUGUACAAUUAUGAGUCAGACAAUGACUGAGAAUUAAGGAACUGGGCUUUCAAGGCAGGUGUUUAUCCUCCGCCUCUCGCUUUCACUGUGUAGUAGAUUUCUUGGCUCUAAAAUUUUGAAGCACUGGGCUGUCCUGGAGAAAAUGCAACACAUUUGACUGUCUCUAGUGAGGGCCACUGCGUAGAAUCAUAGAAUUGUAGGGCUGGAAAGGAUCCCAACCAACAGGAAAAAGAGUGUGUAUGGGAGACACUUACUUACACUCUCUUUCUCUGUAAUUUUUUAAUUAAAUUUUAUGUUUUACAAUUUAAAAUAUUCAUUUUACAUCCUUAAGAUAUCAAUGACUUUUCUUCUUCUCUUUCCAUGGUUCAUUUUACAUAUCAUAAAUCCAUGCAUGUUUUACAAAAACUAUACAGUAUUUCAUUAUUGCAUCCAUCAAAACUUAUUUACACUGUUGAAUUUAUCUUAAUGCUGCUAGCGUUUUCAGCUGUACACAAUUAUUUCCCGUAUAUUCAAUAAACGUUUUCCAACCUUCUUUAAACAUAUGUUCUUCUUAUUCUCUUAUUCUAGAUGUUCAGUCUGCGAGUUGUGCGUAUUCUGUUAACUUAAGUUGCCAUUCUUCUUUGGUUGGGACCUCGCUUGUUUUCCAUUUUGGGGCUAACCAAACACGAGCUGCAGUAGUAGCAUACAUAAAUAACCUUUUUUGACACCUGGGAAUUUCAGUCUGGAUUAUCCCCAACAGAAAGGACUCUGGGGGUUUUUUGGAAAGUACUUUUAAACAUUUUCCCCCAAUUCAUUAUGGAUCAUUUCCCGAUACUCUUUUACAAGUCCACCACAUAUGGGGAGACACUUGCUCUUUGUCUUCUCCAUGUGCUCAUGUUGAGAGCCCCAUUUUCUUUGUCUUCCUUCCUUUUCCACUCUGUCUAUUGUGUCAGAAACCUGAUUCAUUCACACCCUCAGUGUGCUGCUGCAACAACCCCAGCUUCAUUUGGCCUGGAAGUGAAAGAAGAAGAAGAGUUUGGAUUUGAUAUCCCGCUUUAUCACUACCCUAAGGAGUCUCAAAGCGGCUAACAUUCUCCUUUCCCUUCUUCCCCCACAACAAACACUCUGUGAGGUGAGUGGGGCUGAGAGACUUCAGAGAAGUGUGACUGGCCCAAGGUCACCCAGCAGCUGCAUGUGGAGGAGCGGAGACGCAAACCCGGUUCCCCAGGUUACGAGACUACCGCUCUUAACCACUACACCACACUGGCUCUCAAAAGAAAGCGGAUGUGUCAUUCUCACCAGCUCUUAUCCCCCAUGGAUCUUCUUAGCACAGAUCUGUACAGAAGUAGUUGUAUAAUAACUUUAGUGUGGUGCUUCAAACGACCUUAUUUUUAAUAGCUUAUAAGCUACUUAUAGGGAUGCGGGUGGUGCUGUGGGUUAAACCACAGAGCCUAGGACUUGCCGAUCUGAAGGUCGGCGGUUCGAAUCCCCGCGACGGGGUGAGCUCCCAUUGCUCGGUCCCUGCUCCUGCCAACCUAGCAGUUCGAAAGCACGUCAAAGUGCAAGUAGAUAAAUAGGUACCGCUCUGGCGGGAAGGUAAACGGCAUUUCCGUGCCCUGCUUUGGUUCACCAGAAGUGGUGUAGUCAUGCUGGCCACAUGACCCAGAAGCUGUACACCAGCUCCCUCGGCCAAUAAAGCGAGAUGAGCGCCGCGACCCCAGAGUUGGUCACAACUGGACCUAAUGGUCAGGGGUCCCUUUACCUUAACUUUAUGCUACUUAUGGGAAGGGUAAGUCUCCCAGUCAACCCCUGGCACCUCCAGAUCAAAACAGGUAGUAUCCUUGGGAAAGACACCUGCUUAAGAUGUUGGAGAACUGCUUCUGGUCUGAGUAAACAGCAUUGGGCUAAAUGGAUGAAGGGCUUGAUUCAGAUGUCACACAUUGAGCAGGGUGUGAGUGUUGAACAAGCUGUAGAUCUGCGCAUGCUCAUUCCCUCUUCCACUUCCUGGUUUGCUGUAAGUGUAGUUGAUGGUCCAACACAAGCAAACUGGUUAUCUGUCACAGGAGUGACAGAUCACACAGUUCAAGGAUGGAGUUAACUCUUUCACCGCCUCCUCCUCACAGCUUUUUCCAAGCAAUCAGAGACUGCGCCUGCAUAAAGCCAACCUCUCCUCCAUCCAUUUCUUGCCUCUUCUGGUUCUGGGAGAUGUGGGGAGGGCAGCUUGUUGCAGCUGGAGGGGGAGACACCCAUGACUCUUUGCCAGCCUGUCUCAUCUCUGCCUCUUGGCCUCCCUCAUUCCAUUCUACUGCUUCAGCUUCUGAUUCUGAUUCUGGACCGCUCUCUGCCACAGACUCUCCCCGCUCACUAAGCCCUAUUACCUGUUCAACUUCUGACACCUCCUAUUCCCAGUCUUUUCCCUGUGACCACUCAUCGUUCCCCACCACCACUCCCCAAGGUCUAAGCCUUCUUUCCUUCCUAGUUCACCUGCUGGUUCCUCCCAUCAUUCCUCACCCAACCAGUCCAUGACAUUAUCAUAAAAAGACAGCUCUAUAUGUUCAUAAACAUGCUGUCUUUGUUUGAAAGUGGGGACUGCUACUGGGGCUGUGCUUUUGUGAAAACCCUUUGCACCUAAUUAAUUGCCUUUCUGAUUUGUUUCAGGUGCCUGAGCAUGCAGAGCUCGCCUGGAUUCUGGGAUGUCUCACAAGCAUGCCACGCCUGCAGCACUUUCCGCAAUGGAAGGUGAGGUUUCUGUGAGCCUCUCUUACUUUAGUUGGAGGUGGGUUAUCCCUGUUCAGCUGUUACAUAGGUGAAGCCUUUAGGCCUGCCCUUGUCAUUGCCUGGCUUCUGCCAUCUUUUGUGCUCAUUGUAGCUGUCCUCAAAUAAAAAAUAAAAGUAUUAAGCCUUUAUGUGUCUUCUUUUUCUUCACAUAAAUAGGUGAAGAAUGCCAGCCAAAUGAAUGAAGGAACAGUUGGUCUGUUCACCUAUCCUGUUCUUCAAGCCGCAGAUAUUCUCCUCUACAAGUAAGCGUCAGAAUGCACAGCUCCAUAACUUGUAAAUGAAGGCCACUGUGAUAUAACCAAGGGGACUGAAUAGUUCAGGUCAGGAGUGGGUGGCUUUUGAGCAACCUAGUUGUGGUGAGAUUGUCCUUUCAUUCUGUAGUGAAUCAGUGGCCCUUUCUCACUGACAGGUUAUCUGGUGGACAUUAUGAUUGUAGCUAAUCUGUCAUUGACAAUCCAUGAAUAACCUGCUAAAUCUAGCGGUUUACUUCAGCUAUGGUGUUGUGUUUGUUUCUGACUCAGUUUGAGUGAGCAGAUGUGAACCAUCUCUCUCUCCCACACAACAUUUCUAUUUUUCUGUUUCUGUUGGAAGGUCAACCCAUGUUCCUGUGGGAGAAGAUCAAGUCCUGCACUUGGAGCUGACCCAGGAUACGGCUCGACGCUUCAACAAAAAAUACGGAGAAUUAUUUCCAGUGCCCACAGCCAUUCUAAGUGAGUACGGUACAAAUGACUGCCUGUUGAGUAAAGUGAAUCGGCUUGGGGAGUUUUCGCAGAAGAAAGAGAAGAGUGGAGAUAGCCAGGUGCCAAAGUAAAGGCGUACAAAGGGAAACAGAGGCUGUCAAAUGCAGCUUUUGAAAAAGUAUGGCAUGUGUUUCAUCUUUGCUAUUCCAGUACUAGGUGUUGCCCCGACCUCUUUUCCUAUCCUUUUCAGCAGUCCUCUAGAAUACAGUCGUACCUCGGAAGUCGAAUGGAAUCCAUUCUGGAAGUCCGUUCGACUUCCAAAAUGUUUGGAAACCGAGGUGUGGCUUCCGAUUGGCUUCGGGAAGCUCCUGCCGCCAAUUGGAAACCGUGUUGGACAUUUAGGUUCCCAAGAAUGCUCACAAACGGGAGCACUGACCUCUGGGUUUGCGGCAUUUGGGAGCCAAAGCGUCCUACUCACAAGGCGUCUGUCAACCAAGGUACGACUGUAUUAUGCAUUUCGCUGUGCCCAUAGCAUCUUCCAGACAUGAAAAUGGGCUUUCAUAUGUAAAAACAGGGAUGCCUAAUAAAACAGUUUUCUGUAGGGAAGGAGGAGGUUGGUUAGCUUAAUACUUUGUUCUAGGGAAGGCUCAGUUCUGUGGGGCUCGAAUCCAUGAACCUGAGCUGUUUGUAUAGGUCAAUAGUAUUAUCCCUAUAAUGCAGACUGGAGGUGAAAGGCUGAGGCUUAGAGAGAGCAGCUUGUCUGAGGCCACCUAGUGAACCAUAGCAGAGUUGAGAUUAGAACCCGGGACUUCCCGAUAUGUCGAUUAGCCUCGUAGUCACUCUGUUGCGGAGCUCUCUUCUGUAAUUGCAUUUUCUCUUGAUUUUAGCGGAAUCAAAGAAGAUCAAGUCACUCAGAGAUCCCACAUCCAAGAUGUCCAAAUCAGACCCUCAGAAGUUCGCCACGGUGAACAUAACAGACAGCCCCGAGGAGAUAAUGCUGAAAUUUCGUAAGGCUGUCACAGACUUCACCUCUGAGGUGACCUAUGACCCUGCUCACCGCCCUGGCGUCUCCAACCUGGUCGCUAUUCACUCUGCUAUAACAGGACUCAGCACGGAGGAGGUGGUACGUCAGAGUACUGGCCUUGAUACAGCUCACUACAAGGCAGUGGUAGCAGAGGCAGUCACUGAGAAACUUGCACCAAUUAGGAGUGAAUUUGUGAGGCUAAAAGAAGACAGAUCUUACCUGGAGAAGGUUUUAUGGACAGGGGCAGAGAAAGCCAAAGAGCUUGCAGCCCCCGUAUAUUCAGAAAUCAAAAGACUGGUGGGAUUGCAUUAACCUCAAGGAAAAGCAGCUCAUGCCUUUCAUAAUCUGAGUUCAGCCUUGGUUACCUUGACUCCUCUGUAUUACUAGAGGUCCUCUGUGUUUUUGGAUCCAUGAGUAACCGAAUCAUUACCUCAGGCACAUUAAAUGGACCAGGCUUGGAAAUUGCAAAGAGCCAAAUAAGCAGACAUCUGAGCUAAAGAAUGCUUUUCUCCCUGCCUCUGCCCAAAAAAAGAUUUGAGCUGAUGAAAAAAAACCAAAUCCUUUCUGCAUAAGAAAUGCAGCUUUUCUGUGACCUGUUUGUUUUCUGGAAGGGACCUGUGCAAAUUUCAGCCUUUGGUACAUGCCCAGCCAAAGCCUGUAUAGACUCCUCCGUAAUUCCUCUGUGAACCUGAACGCUGUUGAUCAGAGUGUCUGUGGGACAAGUGUCAUCCCUUACCACGGGCUCUGGCUGGUCCCUCUGGCAGUCUUGAGAUGUUUUCUCACAUUGCAUUUUGUACUUAAGUAUAGAUAGGUGGGCACAAAAUGCAUUCCAUCUCUGUGUUACAAGAUGCAUCGAUGGAGGAAAUGCCAUUCAUCCCUAUGUACACAAAAUACACUGCUCCCAUCCCAAAAUACACUAGGAAAGGAUCGGCUCCAGGCUUUGGCAUGUUUGAUAAGGGAAGGUUGAGGUUUCACGUGUGUGCCCUCAACGGAAAUAGCGGGCACAUUUUUUGUACUUCUGUAUCAGUACCAAAUGUACAUAAGAAUGGAUUUUUGCACUCCGUAAACUGCUCACCAACUGAAUUCCUGCAUCUUUCCAGGUUGUGUUUGUGACUUUAGUUGAAAAGCAGUUUAUCCAGUGCAAGGGAGAGAUGAUCUAGCCUGGCAGCAGAGUCACUGGCUUGUUGCUGUGUUUUCACACGUAACAAAGUUGUUCCCAAGCAGGACAGAACAUGUGGACAAAAGACCACAGUCCCAGAAAAGUGUAGUGUUUACUGAGUUCACAUGUGGCACCAUCAACCUUGGGUCUCAUUCUCCACCCUUUGCACUCGGAUCCUCUCAUUUACAGUGCUGGGUGGAUGUGUGAGCACCCUCGAAGACCCAGAGAAAAUGAGAAAUGAAGUUGCCCCAGCUUCUCCCUCUGCUGGUUUGUCUAUCUGUCUGCUCCCAUCCUACUCUAAUGUAGGUGGGUAAAAUGUAGAGUCCUGCUCAUGACUGUAGGACAAAUGGAAGCAGUAGGGGAAGGGACAGGUAGGAGAAUCUGUGGCCUCUCAGAAGAACCCAAAGCAGCAGCCACUCUUUCUCCACCAGAGGCACCUCCUCACUCAGGUGCUGGCCUGAGCAGGAUGCAUCUCACCCCUCUAAAUGGAGGCACCUCCAAGCCUUGCUCCAGAGUCUCCAGCAGCCUGUUUUUUGUGCAGCCUUGAGAUGUGGUUUUGCUUCUCCUAUGAGCCGCUACCGCUGUGGUCUAAACCACAGAGCCUAGGGCUUUGCCGAUCAGAAGGUCGGCGGUUUGAAUCCCCGCAAUGUGGUGAGCUCCUGUUGCUCUGUCCCAGCUCCUGCCAACCUAGCAUUUCGAAAGCACGUCAAAGUGCAAGUAGAUAAAUAGGUACCGCUCCAGUGGGAAGGUAAAUGGCGUUUCCAUGUGCUGCUCUGGUUCGCCAGAAGUGGCUUCGUCAUGCUGGCCACAUGACCCGGAAGCUGUCUGCAGCCCUCGGCCUAUAGAGCGAGAUGAGCGCGCAACCCCAGAGUUGUCCGUGACUGGACCUAAUGGUCAGGGGUACCUUUACCUUUACCUUAUGAGCUGCUACAUGCUAGGAGCCUGUAGGAAGAUUGGGCUGCUGGGUGCCUUAAGGCCCCUUUUCUCAACCUGGUGCCCUCUAAAUAUUUGGGUGAAUCAAUCUCAUGAGUUCCAGACAACAAGGCCAGUGUUGAAGGACGAUGGUUAUUGUACCCAGGUUGCAGAAGGAAUAGGCCUAAUGCCUCGUGCGCAACGCACAAUGUGAUGCUUCCCCACUGGGCAAGAGGAGGAUAAAAGUGGUGGCUUUUGGGAGGCUGCUCUACUCUGCUCGUGCCAGAUGCCAGAUUGCAACCAAAGGCUCUUCUGUACACAUAAAAUCACUAUGGAGGUUGUGGAAGCAUCUGCCUGGCUCUCUUUGAAGCAAUAAGAAAGAUGGACAAGCCAAGCUAGCUUGGUGGGAGAAUAACGCACUGACGUAGAAUGAAUUUAUUCAGAAUCAGAAAGAGCAAAUGCUGUAUUCUCUUUAAAACUUCGGAAGAGGGUAGAGUAAAACUAUUGAAAUAAAUAAUGAAUUGUACACAAGAC